ACUAGUUUCACCAGCAUCCAUGUUGUGCCUUGUGCCUUGUCAUCUUGUGCCUUGUUACCUUGUGCCCGACACGCGGCGGUGGGCUGUGGGCGACCUUCUGGAACCUUCCCGAUGCAGGGCUCUGUCGCGUGCAGGUUGACCAAUUGGCCCCAAGUGGGGUGACAAACAUGGUUGCGCAGCGUUCAAUAGCGUGGCGUCAACGGUUUAAACCCCACGUUUCGCGCCUCCGGACGGGCGCGCGCUCGUUUGUCCACCUCGGCGUUUGCGCCCGCCCUGCCUUUGUCCCACGACGCCGACCGAGAAGCAAGCCCGAAACGGAGACCGUCAAUGCCCCAGCGGUCCAGAGUCUACCUCGUCUUGCGGGUGCCGUUCGCAGCCUUGCCUUGGGCUGAUCAACUGGACUGCCAACACCAAUAAGAGCUGACCGAUACCACCCGCUGCCUGACUGGCGCUCCCCGAAUCUGCCGGCGCUCGAACGAACGGGAACAAACGGCGAACGAAUGAGCCGAACUCGCGCAGGAACAAGCGAUCGCCCAACUCGCACGCAAACCCACAUCCACAACCGCUACAACUCAAUAUCGGAUCGACGACAUGGCUGAAGCAACUCGCCUCAAAGAGGAGGGCAACCGCCACUUUCAGCAAGGCGACUUUACUGGCGCCGAGAGCUUAUACUCGCAGGCAAUCAUCCUCGACCCCAAGAACGCGGCGCUCUUCACCAACCGCGCCAUGGCGCGGCUCAAGCAGAGCUUCUGGGACCUGGCCAUCAGCGACUGCGCCGACUGCCUCAAGCUCGCGCCCGACAGCUUCAAGGCGCACUACUACAUGGCCCAGGCCAAGGCCGAGGAGCGCUUCGACCUCGACGGCGCCCUGGCCCACGCCACGCGCGCCCACCAGCUCUGCGUCGCCGCUGGCGACCGCUCCCUGCCAAAGUACGCCGAGCUGGUGCUGCGCUGCAAGAAGGACCGCUGGGAGGACCGCGAGCGCCGCCGCGAGCGCGAGGACGUGCGCCUCGAGGCAGAGGUCCUGGCCCUGCUCGGCCGCGAGCGCGACGGCGAGCUGGAGGCGCUCCGGGCCGAGGGCGGCGGCGGAGAUGACGGCGACGGCGGCGGCGACGAGGCGGUCCGCCACAUGGUGACGGAGGACUAUGCGGCCAAGGCCAAGCAAAUAGCCGACGUAUUUGAGAGGUCGCGAUCCGCCGCCGCAAAGAGAAGGGCCGUCCCGGACUGGGCCAUUGACGACAUUGGCUUCGGUUUCAUGGUGGACCCCGUCAUUACAAAAACCGGCAAGUCGUACGAACGCGCUACCAUCAUGGAGCACCUCCGCAGGCACCCCACGGACCCCCUGACCCGCGAGCCGCUGCGGCCGUCGGACCUGCGCCCCAACAUUGGGCUCAAGCAGGCCUGCGACGAGUUCCUCGACGAGAACGGCUGGGCGGCUGACUGGUGAUCUGUCAGGUCCGCCCAUCCGCCCGUCCCGCGAGUCCCUGCGAGGGUCUCGGAAAGAAGAAAAAACCCCGUUCCAACUCGAUCACAUCGACCUGUCGAACUCAUUUUGGGGGUUCCAUACCCAAACACGACAUAGUGCAGCGCCGGAAAAAGAAGAGCCGAAAAAAAAAAAAUAGCGCGGUUUCGUGUGGACCUCUCCUUUUUUAGCGCUCCCCUUCUGCGUGCGCAAGAGGAGAGGAAAAAGAAACCCUCCCGGUUGGCAUAUAUACCUUGUCUCUUAUAAUGCGUGACCCGGCAUAGUAUGGCGUUCUGGAACAUUCCUUUCUCUGGCGCAUGCUCAGCGUUUGCAGCCUGCUCGAUAUCAUCACUUGGUCCCUUUAUUCUUUUCCAUCAUCUUUCUGCCCCUUUCCCACGACUUAUGACCGUUUUACGCGUGACACGAAUAUCUUACCCCCAUCACCCCUUUGUUCCUUUUUCACGGCAUCAUCAGGACAGAUCACUGUCAGAAUCAAUAUGGCAAAUGGAUGACAUCAAAGCAAUUCUUGGUCCCACGGCACCCAUCCUGUAUUCCCUGGAGCGGCGAAGUGUACAUGUACUUGUAACAAACAGAGAUGCAUCUCUUGAUCAACGAUACAAAACGAUGGCCUUGUAAAAGCAAAAGAUAAAAUUGAAUAAUAGCCAAAAGGAUCAAUAGCGAGAGGACGCGCGAGCAAUGACAAUCCCUUGGACAUGUGAGUUCUGAUUGCCA